AUGUCGCCCUUCUUGUUCGCCGGCGGCAAGCUGGGCCUGGAGACGGCCAAGCGGAUCUGCAUGUGGGAGAGGCUGGAGGUCGGGAUGGGUCGGUGGAGCCUGAACCGACGCUGGGCCCCUUUGAGGCGUAUCUCCUCCUCCUCCUCNCGAAAAGAAACGGAGCGAAACCGCCAGCGAGGCAGCUCAGUGGGAAGCGGAUUGGCGUAGCGCGAAAACCGCAGAAUCCGAGGUGGCAGGAAGCACGCAUGACUUGGUGGCUUGCCGGUCUCUGGUGAAGCGCGCCUCGGACGAGCACGGCAACCCGGUGGAGAACUGGUCGCUCCAGCUCAUCGAGGGCGUCAAUCGCCAUGCGUUCGGCGAGACCCUGCCGCCCGAGGAACAAAUCUGGAUUGCCGAGGAGGUUGACAGGCACAUUCAGGCGUGUCUGAGGGUGAUGGUCGGGGGGGGGGACAGCGGAUAACUACGCCGUCGAUGUUUCAGAUGAACCUUAUGGCGAGCUACCUUGAGUCUCGUUGUGGCUCUUAUAGUUUUGUAGCGACGAGUGAAUGUAUAUGAACGUCCUGCUGUAGUCCUUGGAGCUUGAUUUUAUAUGGGUGGAGGGAAAUGCCUCACUCACCACGGUACCCUGUUUUCUUUGAUACGGGGCUUUUCAAAGAAAUACCGACUGUUAGAGAGGGGCCAAGAAAGGGGAAUAUCCCUCGAUACCUUGCAAGGUGCGGUAGGUGAACGAAUAGAAGAUGCAUGUUAUAGAUGCUUGCUUCGGUGGAGCUGCCGUAAAUGAAUGGAGGGGUCCCGGCUUGCGCACGAUGGGGGUUACAGACAAAGUGAAUACGCGAAUGUCGCGUGGCGGGUUCGGCGUUGGACAUUGUAGACAGGAUGCUGCUGCCGCCAUGUAAUAUAGAUAUAGUACGGUAGAGAUCCCUUGUACGUGGAGGGUUAUUGCACAAGUCUGAGCGUCCGGCAUAGUUUGGGUGAAAAGUGGCUCGAGCAUUAAUAGACCAUCAAUGUGAGCCACACUGCACAGGGACCUCCACUGUAACGUAUGACUCUCUACUUGUCAUGGAAUACUACUGCUUUUAUCGUGUGAUUGAGUCAUGGAGCAGGAAUCUCCCCCCCACUUCAUAUAAUCU